UUGAUCAUAAAGCACCCAGGGACAUUCAAUUCACAGUCAAGUGAGAAACAGUCGUCAUGAAUAAUCAGGAGGUUGUGGCUGUGCUAAAGGAGUGCAAGCAAAUGCUGGACGUCCUUGCUUCAGAGGUGUCAGAGCCGACUGAGGAGGAAAAGAAUGACUACCAGCGGUGUGGAGCCUCUCUGCCGGACGAUCUUAGGACUCUCAUUCAGGAGGCAAAGGAAAUGAAGUGGCCCUUUGUGCCUGAGAGGUGGCAAUACAAACAGACUGUCAGCCCAGAGGACAAAACAAACCUUCAAGAUCUGAUCAAUCCAAGACUGCAUGAGUUACUGGUGUAUUUGAAAGCUUGUAUAAAGGCUCAUGACAGUGCUACCUCUGCUGCCAUUGUUUUCCUGAUUGACCGAUUUCUAUACUGGGCAGAUGCAUCCACAAGACUUCUGUUGGUUGCCAAAGCUUUGCACAAGUUGUGGCCUUCCACACCAAUAGCCCCACAGGUGGUUAUACGGCAAGCACGCAUCUCCGUAAAUACAGGAAAGCUUCUGAAAGCAGAGUAUAUAUUAAGCAGUCUAAUAAGCAACAAUGGAGCUACAGGCACCUGGCAUUAUUCAGAAGAGAGUGAUAGACUCUUAGUUCAGUCUGUAUGCAUUCAGAUCCGGGGACAAAUUCUGCAGAAAUUAGGGAUGUGGUAUGAGGCAGCUGAGCUCAUCUGGACUUCCAUUGUCGGCUUUUUGGAACUGCCCAUACCUGAUAAAAAGGGAAUUGCGACGUCUCUUGGUGUUUUAGCAGACAUUUUUAUAUCCAUGAGUGAGGAGGAUUAUCAGAGGUUCAAGAAAAAUAACCACGUGGGAUUAACCCUACUGGAAGAAUUUGAUCACCGGUUAUUAUCGGCAGCAGAGGCUUGUAAACUGGCAGCAACCUUUAGUCUGUAUACACCCCUCUUUGUGCUCACCAAUCUGAAUAUCCGAGGCACAUGCUUGUUAUCCUACAGUUUGUCUAAAGAGUGUCCAGUGGAGAAUAAAUCUCACUAUCUCCUGGAGGCCAAAGAGUCUUUUGAGAUUGGUCUCCUCACUGAAAAAAGAGGAGAGCAAGUAACAAGUAAACAGGAGCUUCACAGCUUUGUCAAGUCAGCCUUUUGUCUUGCAAAUGUGCACAGGUGGAUUAAUAGUGAAGCGGGGCAAAAUGAUAUUGUGAAUCAGCUUUGUAAAGAGGCCAUGGAAAAACUGGCAGUGUAUAAUGUGUCAUCAGACAAACGUGACAAAGGAGUCUUGGCCAGUGAUGUUAUGUUCCUUGUAACCAAUAUUAAAGAACAUUUAAAAGUGCGACAAUUCCCAAACUCAGAUGACCGAUCUUUUGUACCAGACAGUUACAAAGACUGCAUUAAAGAAAAUAUUGUCACUGGAAGAGUCAGCUUCAACAAACUUUUGGAUAUGUAUUCUCAACAUCAUAUCUCCGUGUGCAAAGUGUUUGAUGUUGCUUGCAGAAACCACACCACAGAGGAGGAUGAAAUGAAAUCAGGAGCUUGUAUAACUGCCUUGAAGACUACCGACACCAUCAGUACCGUAGACAGCUCCCCAAGCCAAACAGCUAGUGAUCAACUAAGUGACCAGUCACUGAGGAGGAGAAGAAAACUUGUACAUUCUGAUGCUGUGAGUUACUCUUUUGAUGAAGACAGAAGGCAACGAUUAAGUAGCUCACAUAGUGGUAGUCAGGGCUCCAGUUUGUCAAAUUCUUCUUUUAGCUGGGAAUGUAUACCAGAACAAAAUGAAAAGGAGCCUCAUAUUUCUAAUAGUGAAGGUGCUGAUGUUGUGAGUCUUAGUUCAUCCUCUACUUCCGAUAAAGUUCUUGGUGAACAAAAAUAUGGCGCUGACAUACAUUUGCAGGGUCUUUCCCUUCAAGACAAUGUCACUGAUCCUCAGAAUCAUGAAGUAGAUAAUAAAACAGCUGGGGAAAACAGAUCUAUUGAAACAAGUUGUACCAACAUUGUCCAUGCUGGAAAUAAAUACUCAGAAACAUCAGCUACCAACAGUAGUGUCUAUGGAAAAUCCUCUGCUAAAGGGUCUAGUACACAUUCAGAUGAUGGGUCUUUUGAGUUUGUUGACCUUGAUGAUGCUGCCGAAACCAACAAACCAACCAAUGUCAUAGAGAAGCAACAAAUGUUUAAGUCUGAUGGGGUGCCUGCAGGUCAGGUAGUUAAUACUACAGGGUCGAGUAUUUAUUUUGGAAUUGACUUGGAAGGUGAAACACAAGACACUACAGAUGAUGUACUCUCUGGAAUACAAAAGACUAUGAUGGUACCUCCAGGUCCAUCAGGUGUUAUUACAGGGCCAAGUAUUUAUUCUUUAAUUGAAACAGAAGAUACUACAGAUGAUGGACCCAUUGUAAAUAAAAAUACUAUAAUUGUACCUUCAGGUCCAUCAGGUGUUGUUAUAAAGCCAAGAAUCCAUUCAGGAAUUGACUUGGAAGAUGAAACGCAAGAUACUACAGAUGAUGGACCCAUUGUAAAUAAAAAUACUAUCAUUGUACCUUCAGGUCCAUCAGGUGUUGUUAUAAGGCCAAGGAUCCAUUCAGGAAUUGACUUGGAAGGUGAAACAGAAGAUACUACACACGAUCCACCACCUGAAAUACAAAAGUUUAUGAUGACAUCUACUGGUCCAUCAGGUAUUAUUACAAAGUCAAUGAUUCACUCUGGAAUUGACCAGAAAGUUGAAACUCAAGAUACUACAGAUGAUCUUCCCAGUGGAAUCCACUCGUCUAUGCAAAUUCAUACCAGUCAUUCGGGUGAUAAAUUAAGACAAGUGUUGCUUUGUGAAAUUGAUGUAGAAGGUGAAACAAAGGAUACUACAGAUGAUACACAAUUUGGAGUUCAUGAAGAUGUCAAUGCAGUAUCAUUAGAUGCUGAUGCUAGACAGAAGGUACUGUAUGAACCUGACCUCAAAGGGAAAACAAAAGAUACAACAGAGGUAUCGGGCCAUGUUGUAGAACAUAGGUUAAUUUUUGGAAUUGAUUUAGAAGAUGAAACAAAUAUUACUACAGAUGAAGUAUCUAUUGGGAUGCACGAUUCUGAUUUGCUGCCUUCGGGUCAGUCUGCCUCUACCCACAAAUCCUCAGCUGCCUCUUCUGAAGGCAAGUUGUUAGCCACAGAAGAUAAACUGGAAAUGCAGUUCCUUAGCCGCCAGUGGUCUGUAGAAAGUUCUGCUGACAAAAUGCCCUUAAGUCAGCAAAACAGUUCACUAUCUUCUUCUGGAAAAAGCAAGGCAGAUGUGGACAGUAAGAUCAAUAUUAGCUCCAGUAGCAGCCACGGCUCUAGCUCUUGGUCCAAAGUUAGUCCAUUUUCAGAGUCACAUUCAUCUCUAAAUUCAAGUGUAAGCUCUUUUAUUCUUAUGCAAGCACAACAAAAAGAGCAGAUACUCCAGGCCCGUUCCUUAGAUGUCACUGAUUAUGAAAGACUUCUAUCAGGUGUAAGUCAUGAAUGGCUGCUCAAGAGGCUGGAACAUACAGGGGUUUUUAACUUCAAGCAUGUUCAGAAAACAUAUAAUGCUUUGCUUCUGAAAUUCUCCAAGAAAUCUGAACUGUGGACAGGCCAGGAAACUCUUGUGCACGUUGGAAAAGAUCCUAAAAAAGAAGGAAAACAAAGAAAGGCUUUCUGGAUCUCUUUUCUACACCAGGAUGAGACUCUCGGAAGGUAUGUUGGGAAGGCCUAUAAGAAUCGCAAGGAGCUACUGUACCAUUUCAUUGAUGUUGAGCGUCAGAUGACUGCUCAGUAUUAUGUCACAGAAUUCAACAAAAGACUCUACGAACAGAACAUUCCCACUCAGAUAUUCUACAUCCCUUCAUCAGUUCUCUUGAUUAUGGAUGGCAGAACCAUUACAAGUUGUGUUAGUGUGGAACCUUACAUUCUUGGAGAUUUUGUCAAAUUAACCAAUAACACUAAAACAGUACGAAUGCAGUAUAAAGCUACCAAGUAUGGAUUGGCUUUCGGACAUUUUGUAUAUGAAUUUUCACAGUGUUCUGAUAUUGUGGUGGAUUUACAAGGUUGGGUUACCGGAAGUAAGGAAGGAGAAGCCCUUAUCUACCUCACUGAUCCUCAGAUCCAUUCAGCUAAGGAUACACCAGGCGCCACCUGUACAAAUUUUGGAAAUAAAGGGAUAUACAUGUUUUUCAGUUGUCAGCAUACAGAGUGCAAUGAAAUCUGUCACAGACUUUCAUUAACAAGACCUGACAUGAAAGAAUUAGAAGAUAAUAGCAAUAAUAGAACACAAAGAGAUCGUCAACAUCGUUUGAAUAAGACCCAGAGUAUGUAA